CGAUGCCACGAAUUGACAAUCAGAUCGUCAUUGAAAGUUAUUGAACGUCCAACAAACUGUUCAAAAACCUAGUACAUUGACUUUUGCUCUCUUCGUAAACCACUCAAACUGCUGACUACCUGUUAUCGACCGCUCGCGACAUCCUCUCUCACGCGCUUUCAACACAUUACGUAGUAGCUCCCGGAAAUCAACCAAGCCUAGGCUUCAACAACGCCUCCAACGACCGAAUAAGUUGCGUCCGCGCACUCCAGGGCUCGCCGCACGCUCGUCCCUCGCACCGAUUUCCGGUUCCACCCCACAAUGGCACAAUACGGCUACGGUCAAAGCCCACCCUAUGGCGGCGGCGCGCAGAAUCUCCAAUUCUACCCCUCGUCCUUCACGAACCAGCCUGUUUCCGGGCACUCGACCCCUUUCCAAGCGAAUUAUGGCGCUCCGCAAGCAGCGGCUUAUCCGACACAAUAUGGUGCGGGAUUCACGGCACCUGGAGUGAGUGGGCAGAUGGGUGUUGGGGCGUCGGGGUUGCGGACCGGAUGGUUGGCGGCGUUCGGAACUGAAGGAUAUGAGGGGGAACCGCCUCUAUUGGAAGAGCUAGGAGUCAACUUCAGUCAUAUCAAGAUGAAGACGCUCGCAGUCCUGAAUCCGUUUGGCAGGAUUGAUCAACACAUUAUGGACGACAGCGAUGUAGCGGGCCCUAUACUUUUCUUCUUCAUUUUUGGAACAUCAUUACUGCUCUCCGGAAAGCUCCACUUUGGGUACAUAUAUGGCCUUGCCUUGAUGGGCACGAUCCUUCUUCACACGAUUCUCUCGCUCAUGUCUCCGCCUCUCAGUCCGGCUGAGGCAGCGUCAAGUCAAGAUCAUGGCCACGGCGGAGGCUCGCACUUCGGAUCAUCGCUAACAUUCCCGCGGUCUGCUUCAGUGCUAGGCUACUGUCUCUUGCCACUGGUGCUGACGUCCAUUGUGGGUAUUGUGGUGCCAAUGGACAGCUUCUUCGGAUACCUUCUGACAAGCUUGGCCAUUGUAUGGUGCUCAUAUUCUUCCAGCUCCAUGUUCACUAUUGUUGGACGUAUGACAUCCAUGAGAGGACUGGUAGCGUAUCCCAUGGUUCUGUUUUACGGCAGCUUUGGCAUCAUGGCCAUCUUCAGUUCAAGGGGUACUGGACAGCUUGCCAAGGCGACUGGGAGUGCAUGAAUGAGGUGAAGGACGGGUAGCAUUGGCUGGGUUAUUCUGUAGCAUAGAACGAGCAAGAGCACGAUACCAUGAUUGUACAGGUAGAAGAAAAUGGCAGUCAACAGCGCGCAUUGAAGACAGAUAAAUACAGUAGUUAUAUG